AUGGAUCCAUUUUUCUUCAACUGUCAUAAUCCUAUACAAAAACGACUCCUUUUAAUAGAUUCCGGCAUCAUUUUUGAAAUGCAAAAACGUCUUACAACGAAGACGCGACUUCAGCAUCGACUUGCCCCUUCUGCCUGCCAGCUUACCCUCCUAGCCAUUAGUAUAUCAGCUCUAUUGCCACAACACACCUGGGGUAUACAGCAGCAACAGAAUUUCCCUGCAGAUUAUCUGGUGCCACCACCAUUACCCACACCACAACAUCUGAAACAUCAAAAUGCACCCGCUCAUCAAGCAGCCGAAACAGUGGCGGCACCUAGUCACACAUCCUCCAUCAAUGCCGUCGAACCGCCCGGCUUUAUGUCACGCAUAGCACGCUGGUUCGGCCUCGGAGCGGCGGAACAAAAUCAAAUCGCCAACGGUUUCUCAUCGGAUGGUAAACAAGCAUACAAUUAUGAAGCACCCUUAGGACCAGAUGGUAAACCUUGUAACCUUUGCAAUAAAUAUCCUUGGGUGCCAAUGUUCCCGCAAGGUUUACAAUACCAGGCGAAUAAUCAGCACGCCGCUGCGGCGCCACAACAGCACUCACAACAACACUAUGAAGCGCAAGCAUCACAGAAAUAUACAAAACAACAGCCAUUGCCAUUUGGCAACACUGGGAAGCAACAGUUGCCCGUUAGACAACGCGCUGUACAGUUCAAUUUCCCCACAGUAUAUCAACCACUGCCUGGAUCCUACAAAGCACCACCUGCACCGGGAAAAGCUCCUGUAGCACCACCAUUUCUUCCAGUGCCCAUACCGAAUCUCAGCCUGAACGCUUUGCCACCUAUUUAUAAUGCACAACCCUUCCGUUUGCCUUAUUUGACGCCUGCAGCUUCCACAACCACCACUGAGUCUACGGUCGGCACUGCACAGCAAUUGCCCACUACGAAACCAGCACACUUCGCGGAAAACGUCGGUGCACCUUCGGAGUUGCAACCGGAUCGUGUGCGUCCAGAGCAGACAUACUCAACGCCAACACGAGUUCAUGAUCCCAGCUUUGAGAUUGUAAAGAGCCAUCAGAUCACCGAUUUCGUCUCAUCAGUCGAAUAUCCAGUCACGUUCGAACAAUCGCCUUCUAUUGACUUAGGACAGCAGCAAGCCCCAGUUAAUCCACAACCGGUCAAACAGACGGUUGCGACGGUGCCAUAUCAGCAUGAGACGUUCAGUCCAAAUCUACACAAGCACUUGCCUGCGUCGCAAAUACUCACCGAAUUGGGUAGUUUUGCGGGACAACCACAAACCCAACUGCCGCAACAGAGUCAGUCAUAUAUUAAUACGCAGUCGCAGGGUUCAACACCUCCCCAGCCGCAAACACAACAACCACAACAGUCUCAAAUCUAUCAACAAACGGAUCUUUCCUACCAGACGGCAACACAACAGCAACAGGUGCAAUAUUCGCCAGCCACCACAACACAGUCCCAAACGGAGUAUACACAAUUUCAACAAAACUACGAGCCAUCCACAAAUUUCUACACAACACCAUAUCAACAGCAAACGCAAUAUCAGCAGCACAAUUAUGAGCCACAGAAAGCUCCCUAUGAGCCACAAGGUGAAGACAACUUUCCAUCCGCUUCGUCGCACAAUCUAACCGAGGUGCAACAUCAGCAACAAAACCUGGACAGCAGACCUUGGUUGCCGCUGGCGCAAACCUUCCCCUACACAACUACGGAGCCACCACGCGAGUUCGAAUUCUCGACCCAAUUGUCGCAGCUUGGUGAGGUGGACUACAUAACGGAACGCGUGCAAGGGAACACACAAGUGCAAUUUUUACCUUCACUACAAACACAACAACCACCGCGACCAGAACAAGUAAAGCAUGAUCAACGUGAAACACCAAAACGCUUAUUGGAUUCUCCCAUACAACAUGCGCCCGGUUUUCUUAACCAACCACGCCCCUUUACGCGUGAUCCCAGUGAACUGAAUUUGCGCAGACCGCCUGCGCCGUUUGUGACCCCACAACAUUAUUCAAAUCACAAGCCAAAUUCCGUCGAUCUACCCUUCUCUACAGCACCAUGGUUAGUGACGCCGUUGCCACCCUUGCCCACAUUUACUGGUGCACCUGCGGCGCCCACACCAACCUCCACCUACAGUGCCAUAGAUGCGAGCGGUCAAUAUGCUGGAAUGUCACCACCAACACCACCACCGCCGGCGCCGGCGCGCCACAAGGACGUUCAUCAAAUAAUCAUUCCUUAUACGACGAAAAACAAGCCACGUCCCUUUGAGCCUACACGUCCACAGUCGACAGUUAAUCAAAUCGAUCAACAGAAUGCCGCUUUCCAGAAAUGGUCCACCCAACAGAAUAGCGUGGAUAUACACGAACAACAAGAGUCCAAAUUGGUGACUGCGAAAUUGGCUACGGAGACGCCACCGCCCGAGCUACCGCGUCGCACCACGAAAUAUGUCACUAAAAUACUUGCCUCAAAUUUACGUGAUCUACUGCGUCGCGAACAUGAAAUUAGACAGCAGAAAACGAAUUCUUCGAGCUUUGAUCUCUCCAAGCUGCAAAAGAAUAUCGACGACUGGACGGAGCAAGAGUACACCUCACUGUCGCAUCGUCCAAGUACGCCAACAAUACGUGGCCGGUCCAAGCACAUACCAACUGAAUAUCUUACCACAACAACUCCAGCAUCACGUCGCCCUAAGACAACAAUUAGUCUUUUUGAACCACCUUCGGAACUGCCAGCAUCCGUUAACGAUUUGCAAUCGCUGCUGUUGGAACGCGGUUCGAAGCGUUUCGAACUGAAUCAAAUAGACGAUGAUGUGGAUAACCACUUAUUGGACACUCUAGAAAGCGAAACAGUGACAGUCUCUUCAACAACGAGUCAAACAACCACGCAGCAACCGCCGAAUAGUAAUGGACAUGCAGCACCGAAUUUCAUGCACCUCGGUUCCGAAUCCCAUCAGGCCGAGCCGGCAGAACUUUGGCGCAAAGCCAAGGUUACCAUUUCGCCACAAACACACGAGAAGGUGUAUGUGGUGACGCCACAGCCACGAUUCUUCCCACAACGUACGCUUACCACAACCAGUACGAGCACUGAAGUGCCGCCCAGUUUUAGAAAGUCGCCACGCUUCAUAGUGAGACCAACACCCGGUAAUGGCACCCACUCAUCUGCGCCGGCAUCCAGUCUUUAUAGUCCCGAGCUCUUCGGUCUGAUGGGUCUCUCGGCUUAUGUGCCGGCCAAGCCAGUGGAGAUUAUCGAUGGCAAUUCAAAAGUCUUCAAUAUCAUAACGGCGCCACCAAACACUCAUGCGGUUGAGUCCAACAAGCAGUUGUCGACCAAGGAUCAGUUGUCGCAGGUGAAGAAGGGCAGAAGACUGAGAUCGACAAUGUCACCAUCACCAAGAUAAAGUUGCUUAUGUUGCCGUGGAACUUGUUGUUGUAUUGACGAGAAAGACAACGGGCCGUUAGCCUUUAAUAUAUGCGGUUAUCAAUUAGCCGAUCGUUCAUCUGUUCUACUUACUUUACUUUUGUAUUAUAAAUUUCAAACGAUUUUUUGUUGUAUGCGCGAUCGUUAUUCUUUAGCCCUAAUUCUCUAGUUCUAGGUUUGGUGUAAAUUGUUACGGAAGUACACUUAGCGUUAAAUGUCAUGAAAAUAUUUUUAGAGUAAUCUGC